CUUUACUGGGAGCAACACUCUACCUAAUCCAUGGUUGUGAAAAAAGGCUUAUAAAUUUUUGUAAUGAGUGUUCUGCCUCAUUGGGAGGCCUACCCUCCCAGAGAUCCAUUCACUGAAACCCUUAAAUUGAAGCCCCAGAAUUUCAUACUUCUAUAGAGAACCAAAAUCCUUCUCUUUGUUAAUGGCCUUGCCCAAGUUUGGCCUUUCCAAGUAAUGCAACGCUUGCAUGAUUCUUUUUGGAGUGCAUGCAAGGUGUUUGAUAGAAUGCUUAAACCAGAUUUCUAUUCUUAGUUUUUCUUAAUUUGGUGCUAUUUCUAUCUGUUAAGUAAAUACAAUAUGGAAUCUAUCUGGUUGUAUAAGGGUGUCGGCCGGCAUGUUGUAUUGCAAGACAAUGUUUUGCUUUCUAUGCUGCUGAAGGCUUGUGCCAAGUUGCCUGAUUUGAGGCUGGGAAAGAUUGUACAUUGUGAUAUUAUCAAGUUUGGAAGUCCUGAUUGUUUUGUGAUCAAUGGGCUUAUCAAUUUAUAUGUGAAAUGUGGGAAGAUGAACUGCAGUCGAAGACUGUUUGAUGGAUUGCAACAGAGAAAUGUUGUUUCUUGGACUAAUAUUAUUUCUGGUUUAAUUCAGAAUGAUUCCUCAGAAGAAGGAUUAGCGCUUUUUAAUCAAAUGAGACAAGAAAAUGUUAGGCCUAGUGAAUACACAGUAGUCAGCUUGCUCACUGGGGCUUCGAGGCUUGGUGCAUUGCAUCAAGGCAAAUGGAUCCAUGGUUGCAUUGUAAAGAAUGGGAUUUGCAUGAAUUCUUUUGUAGGCACUGGAUUACUUGACAUGUAUGUCAAGUGUGGAGAAGUUAUCGAUGCCCGUUCUGUCUUUGAUGAGCUAUGUGAUGUGGAUUUGGUCUCAUGGACUGCUAUGGUUGUUGGGUACACUCAAAAGGGGUACCCCAUUGAUGCGUUGGAGUUAUUUGCCGACAAAAAGUGGGCAGCCAUUGUUCCAAAUUCAGUCACCAUUGCCAGUGCUCUGUCUGCUUCUGCGCAACUGAGAUAUUUGUUCUUUGGAAAAUUAAUUCAUGCGCUUGGGCUUAAACUUGGAUUUGAAGAAUACGAUGUGAUGAAGAAUGCUCUGGUUGAUAUGUAUGCAAAAUGUAGUGAAAUGUUGGAGGCUAAAUUUGUGUUUGAAAGUGUAUUGAAGAAGAAUGUGGUUACAUGGAAUGCGAUGAUGGCAGGAUAUGCUCAAAAUAACUUCGGAUAUGAAUGUCUUGUACUCUUCCAGCAGAUGCAGACUGCUGACUGCUCACCGGAUGCCAUAACUGUCGUGAGUGUUCUCUCUGCCUCUGCUUGUCUAGGAGCUCUUCAAUAUGGCUGUUCUUUGCAUGUCUAUGCCAUGAAACAUGCAUUCCUAUCCAAUGUCUAUGUGAGUACUGCUCUUCUAAACUUUUACAACAAAUGCGGUGAAGCAAAUUCAGCUCGGUUGGUCUUCAACGAGAUGAAUGAAAAGAACACAGUGACAUGGUGCGCGAUGAUGGGUGGGCAUGGAGUGCAUGGUGAUUCUGCUGAUUCAAUUGCCUUGUUUGGUAAAAUGCUGGAAGAAGAACUGCAUCCGAAUCAUGUCACUUUCACUAACAUUUUAUCUGCUUGUGGACAUACCGGAAUGGUCACUGAAGGGCAGAAGUAUUUCGAUAUCAUGUCACGCGACCAUGGCAUAACUCCCUCGAUGAAACACUAUGCAUGCAUGGUUGAUAUGCUAGCUAGGGCUGGACAGCUUGAGGAUGCAUUGAAAUUCAUCGAAAGGAUGCCGAUAAAGCCGGGGGUUAAUAUUUGGGGAGCUUUCCUCCAUGGUUGCAGGAUACAUUCAAGGUUGGACCUUGGCAAAAUGGCGGCACAACGGGUGAUUGAAUUGCAUCCAGAAACUGCAGAUUACUAUGCUCUGGUGUCGAAUUUUUAUGCUUUAAUGGGUAUGUGGACAGAAGCUGAUAAUGUGAGGACAUUGAUGAAAAGUAGAAGAUUGAACAAGUCACCUGGACUGAGUCUAGUGUUCCUUUAGCUGAUUGUUUAUCUCAAUCGAAAAUGCAUUUUCAUGUAAUAUAUUCAGUGAAAUUAAUUUUCUCCACAUGAAAUGGUUUAGCAAAAGACUUAUCAUAUGGUUUUAUGCAAAUGACAGUGCAAAAUCAACCCCAUCAAAAUUGCUCUUCACCAACAUGUUGCUAAUUGGCAAGGCAAACAUAAACUCCAUUUAUAUACAUUGUGCUCUUCAUAUUCUAUGUAACCUUUCAAACUUUCACAUUCUCCAUUUCCUAUUACUUUUUCAAUGCGCAUGAUACAAAAAUUGCAUUGGGCGAGAGUGUGUCUCACGCCCUCCACAAAAACUCAAAAAAAAAUAAAAAUAAAAAGUGGAUAGAAGGGGGUUAAAAAAAAA